AUGGCGUCGGCCUCCUCUGGGCCGCCGGCUCCCGGGUUUUCAUCCUUUGAUCCCGGGGUCCCUCCUUGUGCCUCACCUUCAGCAUCUGGAAUGAAAAGACCCAUGGCAUCUGAGGUGUCUUAUACCUCUGGCAUGCCCACCAAGAAAAUAGGCCACCGGAGUGUUGAUUCCUCAGGAGAGACUAUGUAUAAAAAGACAACUUCAUCAACCUUGAAAGGUGCCAUCCAGUUGGGUAUUACGCACACUGUGGGGAGCCUGAGUACUAAACCUGAGCGGGAUGUCCUCAUGCAAGAUUUCUACGUAGUGGAGAGUAUCUUCUUUCCCAGUGAAGGGAGCAACCUAACUCCUGCUCAUCACUACAGUGACUUUCGUUUCAAGACCUAUGCACCUGUUGCCUUCCGCUACUUUCGGGAGCUAUUUGGCAUCCGGCCUGAUGAUUACUUGUACUCCCUCUGCAAUGAACCACUGAUUGAACUGCGCAACCCUGGAGCUAGUGGUUCCCUCUUCUAUGUAUCCAGCGAUGACGGAUUCAUCAUUAAAACAGUCCAACAUAAAGAGGCGGAGUUUCUGCAGAAGCUGCUUCCGGGAUACUACAUGAACCUUAACCAGAACCCUCGGACUUUGUUGCCCAAAUUCUAUGGACUGUACUGUGUUCAAGCAGGUGGCAAGAACAUUCGAAUUGUGGCAAUGAAUAAUCUCUUACCACAUUCAGUCAAAAUGCAUAUGAAGUAUGACCUUAAGGGUUCAACCUACAAACGACGGGCUUCUCAAAAAGAACGAGAGAAGCCUCUCCCCACCUUUAAAGACCUGGACUUCUUACAAGACAUCCCUGAUGGUCUUUUUUUGGAUGCUGACAUGUACAAUGCCCUUUGUAAGACCCUGCAGCGUGACUGUCUGGUGCUGCAGAGCUUUAAGAUAAUGGACUAUAGCCUCUUGGUAUCAAUCCACAACAUUGAUCAUGCACAACAAGAGGCAUUGUACAGUGAAACACAAUACUUGGUUGACAGUCGCCGACCAACUGCCCAAAAGGCUCUCUAUUCUACAGCCAUGGAAUCCAUCCAGGGCGAGGCUCGAAGAGGUGGCACCAUGGAGACUGAUGACCAUAUGGGUGGCAUUCCUGCCCGGAAUAGUAAAGGGGAAAGGCUCCUGCUUUAUAUCGGCAUCAUUGACAUUCUGCAGUCUUACAGGUUUAUUAAGAAGUUGGAGCACUCUUGGAAAGCCUUAGUACAUGAUGGUGACACUGUAUCGGUGCAUCGCCCAAGCUUCUAUGCCGAACGGUUCCGGCACUUCAUGUGCAACAUAGUGUUUAAGAAAAUUCCCUGCAUUCACAUUGGUCGUCCUGAUGUUUUACCUCAGACUCCACCUUUGGAGGAAAUCAGCGAGGGGUCGCCUAUUCUUGACCCCAGUUUCUCACCUGUAGUUGAAGAGAAUUUGUAA